UCCCCCCUGCCCAUGCAGGAUAUUACAGAGAAGGUGGGAGAGCUGCAUUAUUACAAAUAUUUAUUGAAACACAUUUAUUUUCAGGUCCCCUGUGACUAUGCUGGCAUAAGUAAUCUCUUCUACAUCUGUCUGUGAUACAUCCUAACCCAAAAUGGCAUUUGUAGCAACACCAGGUGCUGUGGUGGACCAGACUACGUUAAUGAAGAAGUACCUUCAGUUUGUGGCUGCUCUGACGGACAGCAACACACCUGAUGAAACCAAACUGAAAAUGAUGCAGGAAGUCAGUGAAAAUUUUGAGAAUGUUACAACUUCACCUCAGUACUCAACUUUCCUGGAACACAUCAUUCCUCGUUUUCUCACAUUCCUGCAAGACGGGGAAGUGCAAUUUCUUCAGGAAAAAUCUGCCCAGCAAGUUCGGAAGCUUGUCCUUGAAAUCAUCCACAGAAUUCCAACAAAUGAGCAUUUGCGUUCCCACACAAAAAAUAUUUUGUCGGUGAUGUUUCGGUUUUUGGAGGUUGAGAAUGAAGAGAAUGUACUUAUUUGCCUUCGAAUAAUCAUUGAAUUACAUAAACAAUUCCGACCGCCAAUCACACAGGAAAUUCACCACUUCCUUGAUUUUGUGAAGCAGAUUUAUAACGACCUACCGAAAGUUGUGACACGAUAUUUUGAGAAGCCCCAAGCGAUCGCUGAUAACACUGUUCCUUCUCCAGAGAUGGUUGGCAUGAUCACUCAGGUCGUAGUUAAGACCAAUCCUGAGCGAGAGGACAGUGAGUCAAGAACACAUACCAUAAUUCCAAGAGGCUCCCUCUCUCUGAAGGUAUUGGCUGAGCUUCCAAUCAUUGUUGUUCUCAUGUAUCAGCUGUACAAGCAGAGUAUACACAAUGUUGUAUCUGAUUUUGUGCCGUUGAUUAUGAGCACUAUCAUGCUGCAGGUUACACCCCAAGCAAGGCAAAAUAAACUUUACAACAAGGAGCUAUAUGCUGACUUCAUUGCUGCACAGAUUAAAACAUUGUCCUUUCUUGCUUACAUCAUAAGAAUUUAUCAGGAUUUGGUUGGAAAGUAUUCACAACAAAUGGUGAAAGGAAUGUUACAAUUGCUGUCUAACUGUCCUUCUGAAACUGCCCAUCUACGGAAGGAGCUGCUAAUUGCAGCCAAGCACAUUCUGACUACCGAUCUUCGUAACCAAUUCAUUCCAUGCAUGGAUAAGCUAUUUGAUGAAUCUGUGCUAAUAGGCUCAGGGUACACAGCUCGGGAAACGCUGAGACCUCUGGCCUACAGCACUCUGGCUGACCUGGUGCAUCACGUCCGUCAACAUCUUCCUCUGAAUGAUCUGGCCCUUGCCGUUCAACUAUUUGCAAAGAAUAUAGAUGAUGAAUCAUUGCCCAGCAGCAUCCAAACAAUGUCUUGCAAACUUCUGUUGAACCUUGUGGAUUGCAUUCGUUCGAAAAGCGAGCAGGAGAAUGGGAAUGGAAGAGAUAUUCUGAUGAGAAUGUUGGAGGUCUUUGUACUGAAGUUUCACACCAUUUCUCGCUAUCAGUUGUCCACCAUUUUUAAGAAGUGCAAGCCACAGUCUGAGCUGACAGCCACAGAAGCUCCCAUUGCGGCAGCUCAAGCAACUCCAACACAAUCUGUUCCCCCUCCUGCCCCACCGACACCCACUCUCCCUGUACCAGCCUUAGACAAACAUGGGGAUAAAGAAAAAGAGGAAAAGCAGACCUUCCAAGUGUCUGACUGCCGCAGCUUGGUGAAGACAUUGGUAUGUGGGGUGAAGACAAUUACAUGGGGCAUAACUUCAUGUAAAGCACCAGGAGAGGCAUCCUUUAUUCCCAAUAAGCAGUUACAGCCAAAAGAAACACAAAUUUAUAUCAAGCUGGUUAAAUAUGCAAUGCAGGCUUUGGAUAUUUAUCAGGUGCAAAUUGCUGGGAAUGGACAAACAUACAUUCGAGUGGCCAAUUGCCAGACUGUGAGGAUGAAGGAAGAGAAGGAGGUUUUGGAGCACUUUGCUGGUGUUUUCACUAUGAUGAAUCCUUUGACAUUUAAGGAGAUCUUUCAAACAACCGUACCAUACAUGGUUGAAAGGAUUUCAAAAAACUAUGCUCUUCAGAUUGUGGCCAACUCAUUCUUGGCGAACCCUUCUACCUCUGCUCUGUUUGCUACAAUUCUGGUGGAAUAUCUUCUGGACCGGCUUCCAGAAAUGGGCUCCAAUGUUGAACUCUCCAAUCUCUAUCUCAAGCUGUUCAAGCUGGUGUUUGGCUCUGUUUCUCUGUUUGCAGCAGAAAAUGAACAGAUGUUAAAGCCACAUCUACACAAAAUUGUCAACAGUUCUAUGGAACUUGCACAAACAGCCAAGGAGCCGUACAACUACUUUCUGUUGCUUCGAGCCCUUUUCCGAUCCAUUGGGGGUGGCAGCCACGAUCUCCUGUAUCAAGAGUUUCUGCCAUUACUGCCUAACUUGCUGCAAGGACUGAAUAUGCUGCAGAGUGGCCUGCAUAAGCAACACAUGAAAGAUCUUUUUGUCGAGCUGUGUUUAACUGUGCCCGUCCGACUCAGCUCCCUCUUGCCUUAUCUGCCAAUGUUGAUGGACCCAUUGGUAUCUGCGCUUAAUGGUUCUCAGACCUUGGUCAGUCAGGGCCUGCGGACACUGGAAUUGUGCGUUGACAACUUGCAGCCUGAUUUUUUGUAUGAUCAUAUCCAGCCAGUGCGAGCUGAGCUCAUGCAGGCUCUAUGGCGUACCUUGCGUAACCCAGCUGACAGUAUCUCCCAUGUGGCCUACCGUGUCCUGGGCAAGUUUGGUGGAAGCAACCGGAAGAUGCUAAAGGAGUCUCAGAAACUGCAGUACGUUGUUACCGAAGUACAGGGACCAAGCAUUACUGCUGAGUUUUCUGACUGUAAGGCAUCUAUCCAACUUCCUAUGGAGAAGUUUUUGGAGGGAGCCACAAUUGAAGUAGAUCAAAUCCACACUCACAUGCGGCCACUCCUGAUGAUGUUGGGUGAUUAUCGCAGCCUGACUUUAAAUGUUGUGAAUCGCUUGACCUCUGUUACAAGACUUUUUCCAAACUCCUUUAACGAUAAAUUUUGUGAUCAAAUGAUGCAACAUUUACGUAAAUGGAUGGAGGUAGUAGUCCUUACACAUAAAGGAGGACAGAGGAGUGAUGGCAAUGUAAGUUCUAAAAUCUGGUUUAUUGUUGAAGAGUUUGAUGGAGCCGUGAGCGAGUGGGGGGCACCACGAACAGCCGCUUCGGGUUACCCAAGCACGGAGAGCGUACAGUUUCGGGGCCAGGCUGUGGACGGUGAUGGAGGAGGUGAGUUCCUGCUCCGAACUCCUUACGAUGGCCAGGGGACUCUCCACGUUCCAAUGGAAGGUGUGAAUGAUUCCUCAAACACAGCGGGUUCACCAGGUGAGAUGUUGUCCAGACGCUGCGUUAGUCUUCUGAAGAUGGCUCUUCGUCCUGAUAUGUGGCCAAAAGCUGAGCUGAAACUCCAGUGGUUUGACAAGUUGCUGAUGACAGUGGAGCAACCCAAUCAAGCCAACAUGGCGAAUAUCUGUACAGGAUUAGAGGUAUUGAGCUUUCUGUUAACCGUGCUCCAGUCCUCUGCCAUUCUUAGCAGCUUCAAGCCAUUGCAACGAGGAAUAGCAGCAUGCAUGACCUGCGGCAACAACAAAGUUCUGAGAGCUGUGCACACUCUGCUUUCCCGGUUAAUGAGCGUCUUUCCAACAGAACCAAGUACUUCAAGUGUGGCUUCCAAAUAUGAGGAAUUGGAGUGUCUUUAUGCUGCAGUGGGAAAAGUGAUUUAUGAAGGCCUCACAAAUUAUGAGAAAGCAGCAAAUACCAAUCCAAAUCAAUUGUUUGGCACCCUGAUGAUCCUGAAGUCUGCUUGCAGCAACAACCCCAGCUACAUUGACCGGCUCAUUUCUGUCUUCAUGCGAUCACUGCAGAAGAUGGUGAGAGACCAUCUGAACCCACAGACAACCCCAGGGCCAUCUGAAACCAAUACAGUCACAGUUGAGCUGAUCAUGUUAAGUCUAGAGCUUGUGAAAACGCGUCUUGCUGUAAUGAGCAUGGAGAUGAGGAAGAAUUUUAUCCAAGUCAUCUUGACCUCCCUCAUUGAGAAAUCCCCCGAUGCCAAGAUUCUGCGAGCCGUGGUGAAAAUAGUAGAGGAGUGGGUGAAGAAUAAUUCCCCCAUGGCAGUAAAUCAGACACCUACGCUGAGAGAGAAGUCCAUUUUACUGGUUAAAAUGAUGACCUACAUUGAAAAACGCUUUCCAGAUGACCUUGAAUUAAAUGCCCAGUUCUUGGACCUCGUUAACUAUGUCUAUAGGGAUGAGAACCUCUCUGGCAGUGAGCUUACUGCGAAGCUAGAGCCAGCCUUCCUGGCAGGCUUACGGUGUUGCCAACCGCACAUUCGGGCCAAAUUCUUCGAAGUUUUUGAUAACUCCAUGCGGCGCCGGGUGUAUGAUCGUCUACUGUAUAUUACAUGUUCCCAAAACUGGGAGGCUAUGGGUAGCCAUUUUUGGAUCAAACAGUGCAUAGAGCUUCUCCUUGCGGUAUGUGAAAAAAAUACCACCAUUGGCACCAACUGUCAAGGUGCUAUGCUGCCAUCCAUCACCAACGUCAUUAAUCUGGCUGACAGCCAUGAUCGUGCAGCCUUUGCCAUGGUGACACAUGUGAAACAAGAGCCCAGGGAGAGGGAGAACAGCGAGAGCAAGGAGGAGGAUGUGGAGAUUGAUAUUGAGCUGGCACCAGGAGAUCAGAGUGGUACUCCGAAAACCAAGGAACAGUCUGAAAAAGAUGCUGGGAACCAGUUGCACAUGCUGACAAACAGACAUGAUAAGUUUCUGGACUCUCUGAGAGAAGUUAAGACUGGAGCACUGCUGAGUGCAUAUGUUCAAUUAUGUCACAUUAGCACAGCACUGGCUGAGAAAACCUGGAUCCAGCUCUUUCCAAGGCUUUGGAAGAUACUAUCUGAUAGGCAACAGCAUGCUCUGGCAGGAGAGAUAAGUCCUUUUCUGUGCAGCGGAAGUCAUCAAGUGCAGAGAGACUGCCAGCCAAGUGCUCUGAACUGUUUUGUUGAGGCGAUGUCCCAGUGUGUCCCCCACAUUUCCAUCAGACCCUGUGUACUGAAGUAUCUGGGCAAAACGCACAACCUCUGGUUUCGAUCCACAUUGAUGCUGGAGCACCAGGCUUUUGAAAAAGGCUUGAGUCUUCAGAUUAAACCACGUCAGACGUCUGAAUUCUAUGAGCAAGAAAGCAUCACUCCGCCUCCACAAGAAAUUUUAGAUUCACUGGCUGAAUUGUACUCACUAUUGCAAGAGGAGGAUAUGUGGGCUGGCCUUUGGCAAAAACGAUGCAAGUUUCCUGAGACUGCUACAGCAAUAGCGUAUGAGCAACAUGGUUUCUUUGAGCAAGCACAAGAAACCUAUGAGAAGGCAAUGGAUAAAGCCAGAAAAGAGAAUGAAAGAAAUAAUGCAUCACCUGCCAUAUUUCCAGAGUAUCAGCUGUGGGAGGACCACUGGAAUCGCUGCUCAAAGGAACUGAACCAGUGGGAGGCGCUGACUGAGUAUGGUCAGUCUAAAGGCCAUGUUAAUCCUUACCUGGUAUUGGAAUGUGCAUGGAGAGUUUCUAACUGGGCUGCUAUGAAGGAAGCACUGGUACAGGUGGAGCUGAGUUGCCCAAAGGAGAUGGCAUGGAAGGUUAACAUGUACCGAGGCUAUUUGGCUAUUUGCCACCCUGAGGAACAGCAGCUCAACUUUAUCGAACGUCUGGUAGAGAUGGCCAGCAGUCUCGCAAUCCGAGAAUGGCGUAGACUCCCCCACAUUGUGUCUCAUGUUCAUACGCCAUUGCUUCAAGCAGCUCAGCAAAUUAUUGAACUGCAGGAAGCUGCUCAAAUAAAUGCUGGUUUGCAGCCUGCCAAUUUGGGGAGAAAUACAAGUUUACAUGACAUGAAGACUGUGGUGAAGACUUGGCGGAAUCGUUUGCCCAUUGUGUCCGAUGACCUUUCUCACUGGAGCAGCAUCUUCAUGUGGAGACAACAUCAUUAUCAAGCAGCAGAGUUAAUGGCUUUUCAACUUCUAAUCCAAUACUCCAAGAAAUAUAAAUUGAACAAAGAUUUUGAUUUUAGUGUGCCAGGUUCAAUGAAGCUUCACAAUCUCAUCUCUAAGCUAAAGAAAUGGAUAAAGAUUCUGGAAGCAAAAACCAAGCAACUGCCUAAAUUCUUUCUGAUCGAGGAGAAGUGUCGGUUUCUUAGUAACUUCUCUGCACAGACAGCAGAUGUGGAAAUCCCAGGAGAGUUCCUUAUGCCUAAACCGACACAUUAUUACAUCAAAAUCGCACGGUUCAUGCCCAGAGUAGAAAUUGUACAGAAACACAAUACAGCAGCUCGUAGACUUUACAUCCGGGGUCACAAUGGCAAGAUAUACCCAUACCUAGUGAUGAAUGAUGCCUGUCUGACAGAGUCUCGACGGGAGGAGCGCGUUCUACAACUGCUGAGGCUAUUGAACCCCUGCCUAGAGAAAAGAAAGGAGACUACGAAGAGGCACCUAUUCUUCACAGUACCACGGGUUGUUGCAGUUUCGCCUCAGAUGCGUUUGGUUGAAGACAAUCCUUCUUCGCUUUCUCUUGUGGAAAUUUACAAACAGCGUUGCGCCAAAAAGGGCAUAGAGCAUGACAAUCCUAUAUCUCGCUAUUAUGACAGGCUGGCUACAGUGCAGGCCAGAGGAACCCAAGCAAGUCAUCAGGUUCUGCGUGACAUUCUGAAAGAGGUACAGGGAAACAUGGUGCCACGGAGCAUGUUGAAGGAAUGGGCUUUGCACACUUUUCCUAAUGCCACUGACUACUGGACUUUUCGAAAAAUGUUUACCAUUCAGCUUGCAUUGAUUGGUUUUGCUGAAUUUGUACUUCACCUGAACCGUCUUAACCCUGAGAUGCUUCAAAUUGCACAGGACACCGGAAAGCUCAAUGUGGCGUACUUCAGGUUUGAUAUCAAUGACAAUUCGGGCGAUCUAGAUGCCAAUCGCCCUGUGCCGUUCAGACUCACUCCAAACAUCUCGGAGUUUCUCACCACCAUCGGAGUGUCCGGCCCACUCACUGCCUCGAUGAUAGCUGUUGCCAGAUGUUUUGCACAGCCAAACUUUAAAGUUGAUGGCAUUCUGAAAGCUGUGCUGCGUGAUGAAAUAAUUGCCUGGCACAAGAAGACUCAGGAGGACACGUCCUCCCCGCUCUCGGCAGCCGGCCAGCCUGAGAACAUGGACAGCCAGCAGCUGGUCUCACUGGUUCAGAAGGCAGUGACUGCUAUUGUGACCAGGCUGCACAGCCUGGCCCAGUUUGAGGGUGGAGAGAGCAAAGUGAACACACUCGUUGCAGCUGCCAACAGCCUUGACAACCUCUGUCGCAUGGACCCUGCCUGGCACCCCUGGCUGUAAGGCCUGAAAUUUAAUCGCCAGUGAGGCAGCAAGAGGAGGGGUAAAUGGUUCUUUCAUCAAGACUCAUUUUGUCGCAAUGUGAAGUUAAUAGACACCUGAGAUUCUGAAUUAUUUUCUUGUUGAAGAUCACCUCAAUCUAGUUUUCCAAUGUUUUUUGUUUAUUUUGCAUUGCUGUGUUAGAUCAUGUGUGAUUCUACUCUUUAAAUGGAACCAUUGACUAGAAUUUGUAGAGGGAGAGAGAUUAAAUAAUACCUCUAUCUUUUUGACACAUUGAUAGGUGUAAAUACUUUAGCAGGAUUUACUAACUGCUGACUUUGUUGGAGAGGUUACUUUCAAGAAGCACAAUACUAAGUGUGCAAUGUGUGCUCAGUAUCUCAUGCUAGGAGUGGGCUAAGUUCCUCACUGCUAAAGAAAAGUUCUGUCAGUGAUUGGAGAAGAUUGUGGCUUCUACGAAAAGUGUUACUUAAAAGAUGUCUAGAACAGCAAAUACUUCAGAGAAGAGGAGGAGAGGUGUGGGUGGAUGAGAAACAGCUGAAAGUUGAGCACUGCAUUGGUGAAGUUAAAGGCUUUACCAUCAAGUGCCGAAUUAGAAACUGCACAUGUCCCUGAAGUAGGAGCAUUGAGGCAGGGAAUAAUGCAUGAGUGAGCUGAUGCCAGUUUGCUCAAUGGUUUUAAUUAUGCACUACUCAGCAUUGUUUGGCAAACACUGCAGAGUUCUGGCAGGGUUUUUUAAACAAAAAUGUCACCACAAGGUAUUUCUGUGUAAACCAAUGCCUUUUGUAACUGUUUCCAGGAGGGUUGGGUUGAGGACUGAGGUUUCUGUUGCUAUAGUAACAAACAUGUACUGCACUUUUGUAAGAUUUGGGAAUUGUUGCAGUUUUCUGCGUAAAGUGUUUUUACAGUUUUGUACCAUGCUCAAGAGUCGUCAGUUCAAAUUAGGAGGAAUCCAUUUCUUUGCAUGAUAGAUCAAAGCUGGCACUCAAUUCAAAGAGUAGAGUUUGGCUGAGUGUAUAAUGUACCUACUCUUAUUUCUUUUCUAUGUGCUGUUUUGGAAAGGGAGUCAUAACUGAAAUGUACCAAGUAAUUCAUUCUGGGCCCUGUGUAAAAUAUUAACGAGUUUCAAUUAAUGCUGAAAGCUUAUUGAUGGGAUGUAAGAAUGAAUUUUGGUAUUUGUCACAGUCCCUUUACACUGUUUAAAAUGCCUCCACAAAGGUUUUGUGGACUUUUCAAUGGGUAUUGUAGACAGCACUACAUCUUUUCAAAACAAAUAUGUUUUUACUGAUACAAGUCAGUUUUAGUCCUGUCCAUCUUACAGCGAGCUCAAUACGACAAGUUUCUUUGUAAGUUAUGAACUUUUUUAUUUUUACAUUUUUAAACAAAGAGUCUUAUGCCGACAAUUAUUUUGAGACUGUUCCAUCAUGUUGAAAAGAAUUACAUUUUGUACAGAACCUAUUUGCAAAGAAUAAAUCAAUUUAUAAUGAAAACUA